AUGGAUCCUAAAUACACUGGAGAAAUGUUAAAACACUUGGAGAAACAGGAUGAACUCCUCAUGGAUGCUUAUAGAUCAAUGUCACAUGAAUUACAUAAACUUCAGGUUGAGGAAGAAAUGUUAAUGCGUGCAUUUUAUGAUCUCAUGGCGUCUCAAGGUCUGGCUACAAAGAGACAAGAUGGUACGAGUGUUUUGGAAGAUAUUGAGCCACCACAGUCAAAUGCAUUGGUCAAUGUGGAUAGUAACGAAAAACAUUAAAUAAGUCGAACAUUGUUUUUGAGGUUUAAAUUUUGGGUAAAUAUUGUUUUUGAAUAGCAUAUGUGUGUAACGAGUUUUGUUUCACAAUAUGGAUUUGGUCUAUGAGAUACGAAUUUACUAUGUGUAC